CGCGUUGAUUGUAUGACCUAUCUUCACUGUCAGGAGUAAUUAUUUUUUCUGUGCAUCUCACCGAAUAUCCCUGCUGCCCACACACUGCUGUGCCACAAUAUUUAAAAAGUCAAUUUGUAGAGAGGCACAUGUCUCUCUUCUGCUAAUGCACCAUGUGUGGGAAAGCUCUGGAGAGCAGUUAUGAAUGACAUCCACUCCACCAACAGUAAAGUAAUUCUCUAAAGGGAUUUGGCACACUUCAUGAGACAAUCAGGGUAGGCUACCCCUCAGAAACCUCCCACCUACAUGUAUAGAGCUAAAGUUUUGAUCCAUGGUCAGUAAUGGCACAUGAUUAUGACUCGAAGUUUAAAAUGUAAAGUAAUGACUACAUCUGGGAAAUGUGAGAUGCCAAAUCACUUUGUUGAUACUCAAUUUUACAAACUGUCACUGCCAGCUAAUGGGAUCCUUUCCCUCCAGAUGGCCGGUGAUUUCAGGCUCUGUUUCUAUAACAACGCACAGCCAGCAUCUGUCACUGAAGUCCCUUUGUUGUUCAUUGACCACAGCUCAGGGAGUCAGUGUGGGAAACUGAGCUCAGCUUGUUACACACACUGACUAAAAGGCGGCACGUGUCCAAAGACUCCGCUACAUGUGGGCAGCAGCAGGAUUACUGUCUUAAGUUUAUUUUAAAUUACAUGAAUGGACAAUGAUAUCUUAUGGUAUUGCUUUUACUAAAUGAUGCAUUUUUGAUGAAUCAAAAUUUAAGAUGAAAUUAUCAAGUUGUAUAACAUUUAAUAUUAAACUAGCUAAAUUAUGAAAUUCAAAAAAUAGAUAAUUUUUACCUGCUACAUGUUAUGCUGUGGCUCUAUAAGUGCUGGAAAAAAGGAAAAAAAAUCAUCUUCGUUUUUCUACAUAUUUAUUCUCAUGAAGUGUAAUUCAUUAAUUACAGCAUGAAUGUUUUUCUCCUUCACGUGUGAUGGCAAAAUGAGCGUGUGCUCAGUCAAAGUCAUUGAUCCUAGCGUCAUCUGCUCUCUCUACAAGGUCACCACUUUCCCAGGUUCACACAGAGCUCUGUGAUUCUCUCCAUCACCCCCCAGUUAACUGUUCCCCUGAGAUCUAACUAUUGUCCCUGAGGCGAUGUAACAACCUUUAGCAAGUUGCUGUUCCACAUGUCCUUUUGUCUCACCAAGCUCUCUCAUUGGCUGAGACUGUGAGAAACUCCAGCCAGACCAAGACCCACACAUUCAUAUGGAGAUGUGGGACUAUAAAUAGGAGGCAUGAAGACAGCAGAGAUCAGAUUCUCUCUACAGAGACCUCGACAGCACACAGAUCCAGCCAUGGCACCUACAAUCACUGCACCAAUGACCAACUCUCAGGAGCAUCUGACUCUGACCCACAAGCUCAGAAAACCUCUGGUGGAGAAGUUACGCAGAGAGCGAAUCAACAGCAGCAUUGAGCAGCUCAAGUCUCUGCUGGGUCCAGACUUCCUCAAACAGCAGCCAGACUCUAAGCUGGAGAAAGCAGACAUCCUGGAGAUGACAGUUUGCUUCCUGACACAGCUGCAGCAGCAGAAUCAACAGCAGAGAAGACUGCUGAACCUCGUCAACAAGCUGCAGUCUUCCUCUGUGAAGAACCUGAUGGAGGCUGACUUCUCUCUCCUGAGCUCCACAGUCCAGACCAGCAUCACCAAAGAAAACAGGCCAGUCAACAGCGCCCUCUGGAGGCCGUGGUAGACACUUACAGACUGGACUUACUACCAGACAAACUGAGAUGACCAUGUUGGUCAAAGAUUACUGCAACUGAAUUCUAUGAAAUUUAAGGACUUGUUCUUCUGUAUGAACAGGAGGCUGUUUAUAUACUUUUGUCUAUUUCAAACUUUCUUGUUAAGAAAAACAUCAUUUCCUGUGGAAAUAGUGAAACAGAGUGACAUUAUCUCUCAUAUUAAGAAUGAACCAAUGUCAUGCAUGGUGCAUGAAUCAUAUCAAACAUUAAGUAAAUGAGUUUUUACUAUGAUAAAUAGCUUUUAUCACGUUAUGGUGGUACAUGAAAUGAAGUAUACUACUUCUUGAGUGUUGAUCAUCAUUUUGAUCAAAAACUUUGAUUGUCCUGUUUAUGGACAUUUUGUCAUGAUUGACUUUUUCUCACUUUAUGUGAUUACUCAAAACUGAUCUGUUUUAAGAUCAACAUGUUAAUCUUUUUAUUGUAAAAGGUUUCUUUAAUGUCACAUUGUCACAGUUUUCCAGUGACAAUAUAAGUUUUACUUUAGAGAAUGAACUACAUUUUUUGGUUAUUAAGAAUCUGACCUGUUGUGGUCAAUUUUAACAGUUUCUUUUGUUCAGUAAUCACAAAAGUUUAAUCCAUUUGGAAAAAAACUCUCAAAGGACAGUGACUACAGUGUCCUCCAAUAUUGUAAACUGUUUGUCUUUUAUAAAGACAGAUGUUCCCUUACUCUCUCUGAGUACAGUGUGUCUUGUGGGAAUCUACAAGUUGUUGUUGUGAUGUAUCAUCACCUCUGGAGCUUUCAUACUUGCUGUGGCUCAUUGUGAAUUGUUGAAUAAACAAACUUUGUAUGA